AUGAUGGGUGUUCCCACUUUCCAAGUCAAUGAAAAUGAACUGCAAAACAUUGUCUAUUUUACAUAUAAACAUGAACGAGUUUUAAAAGAGUAUGGCGCGAUUAAAAUCCAACCAGACAUUCAUUGUAAAUUUGCUUUAAAGAAGCGAUCAAAAACUUUAUUAUUACAUCCAAUAAACAGACAAAUAGUUAAGACGCAUUCAGAUAACCUCAUCUAUUCUGUGCAAGAUAUCAGUUAUGGUAAUGAACUCAACAAACAAAUGUCAAUAAUAAAAGAUGAAGAUACUUUUUGGUCAGAUUUAUCUGAUCCAAUUAAUACUCAACGGCAGUUAAAUAUUUCAUUUUCAUCCAAUCAUAGUUUCUUUCAUCGGAAAACAGCACGACUGUAUUUCGAUAUUCAUCGUAUACCGAAUCAAUCACUUCUUAAAAUGGCUGGAAAAGAAGUUGUAAGUGAAUGUGCACCAUGUGUAAAAAGAGCUCAUAGAGCAGGUGCCAUCUUUCCAUUAAGUUGCACUGAACAACAUCUCUUUUCAAUUGAUUAUCACCAUGAAGGUGGCAUUCAUCAUUGGUACAUUAUCCCCGAUUGUGAACGGAAAUCUUUACAAACAAUAAUUGAUCAAGAGAAAUUAUCAAUUUGUCUUAAUCAUGGACAAAUAGUGAUUGAUCCUUCUUUCUUGGACAAACAUCAUAUUCGUUAUCAUCGAAUAGGACAAUGUCCAAAUGAGUUUGUAGUUUUAUCAGCUGGUACUCUUUCACAAAGCUUCUCAGAAGAUGUUAGUUGGAGUGAAUCAAUUGUUUUUGCAUUACCUAGUUGGAUUGAAGAUGGUCAUGCGAAUCAUUCAAGCUUAUUAUGUCAAUGCAACAUUUUUAACAAUUCUUUAUCAGAAACAAUUGACAUCACUGUAUUCAAUCAUGAGCUGAUACAAAAGUACACUAAAUUAUAUCUUGAUAAUACUACUAAUGAUACAUCAAUUAUAAUAAAAGACCAAAAGUAUUCAAAACUGACGAAAAAAUCAAUAUUGGAAAGGGUUGAAGAUAAAUCAUUGAAUGAUGAAACUAUGACGCCGACGAGUAUGCAAUUAACACUUAUACCACAGCAAAUGACUCCGUCAUGUGAUUUAAUACCAAGUGUAUUGGCAACAUCUCCUCUCAGUAAUUAUUCGUAUAAAGAUAACAAAGAUCGAUUUGAUAUGAAUAAUGCUGAAGUUCAAUAUCAAGUAUUAGAGUAA